UAAAGGUAAAAAGGAAUGAUGUGAACAUAUGAAGGAAGCCAGAGCCCUGAAUACAGACUCAGUCUGUAUCCUGACAGAGUGGAGAUAAGGUGGCUGGGGAGCUGUGGUGCUUUCCUGGAAUACAAUCUGUGUUUGACACUCUCUGUUUAAGCACUGCCCAUCUGCAUGUUAUUCAGCUGAAGCCUCUAGGGAAAAAGAGGAGCCACAGGCACAGACUGCGAGCGAGGGAGGAAGCAAAAGAGCUUUUCUUUUUUAAAUAAGGAUCUGGUCAGACUGCCUUGAAGUGCCACAUCUGGAAACUGAAAGCUGAGAGAAAGUUAAAAUAUCUGAGGCACUACUAAACGAAGGGGGGUGGGGGCUGAUUGCAGAAGUGGGUAAACAAUUACUAAGAAGCUAGAAGACCACUGCUGGAUGUAAGGGGAGGAAAUGGCUUUGAUCUCAGCCUGGCCCCUUGUUUUUCCUAUAUUAUUCUUCUUGGGAUGUUUCUUCUCCAGCACUGCCUCAAGCGAGGGCAGCGUUUUUCAUUUUGACAUUGAAGGUAGCUCAGCGGUCAGCAAUCAAGAAUCCGCUGUUAUCAGAGGGCAGCAGCAGUCAGUUGCUACUGGAAGUUGGGUGCCUUUUGCUGAGAAAUGCCAAGAAGGAUUUUAUCAAACUGCUUCAGGAGAUUGUUCGCGUUGUAACUGUAAUGGUAAUGCAAACAAGUGCCUCGAUGGAUCUGGAAUCUGUGUGGACUGCCAGAGAAACACCACUGGAAAGCACUGUGAAAAAUGUCUGGAUGGUUACAUUGGGGACAUCGUCAGAGGAGUGCCCACGUUUUGCCAGCCCUGCCCUUGCCCAUUGCCAUUAGUUGCCAAUUUUGCAGUUUCCUGUCACAGGAAAAGUGGGGUAGUGCGCUGUGUCUGUAAAGAAAACUAUGCAGGACCCAACUGUGAAAGGUGUGCUCCAGGUUACUAUGGAAAUCCCUUGCUGAUUGGAAGCACUUGUAAAAAAUGUGACUGCAGUGGAAACUCAGAUCCUAACCUAAUCUUUGAGGAUUGUGAUGAAGUGACAGGCCAGUGCCGCAACUGCUUGCGCAAUACAACAGGGUUCAAGUGUGAACAAUGUGCUCCUGGCUAUUAUGGAGAUGCCAGAACAGCUAAAAACUGUACAGAGUGUAAUUGCAGAGGAGGACCCUGUGACAGUCGAACUGGAGAAUGUCUAGCAGAGGGCCCUACAGGCACGGAUUGCCCAACAAUCAGUUGUGACAAAUGCAUUUGGGAUUUGACUGAUGACAUCCGAUUAGCAAUUCUCUCUAUUGAUGAAAGCAAAUCAAUUUUGCUGAGCAUUUCCAGUGGUGUUGCUGCUCAAAGACACUUGAAUGAACUCAACUCCACUGUUUCCUUCCUCAAGAUGAAACUGUCAGAAAAAGAAAAUCAUUCUGUACUUAGGAAGAUCCACAUCGAUUAUUCUGAGACUGAAACGGCCAAUCUCCUCUUAGAGAUAGAGGCACUUGAAGAACAGGGAAAUCAAGCAUCAAGCAAAGGCCUACUGGUACAGAAGGAAACCAUGGCGACCAUUAAUCACGCUACUCAACUUGUGCAGCAACUCGGCAAUAUGAGGGACAAUAUCCAAGAAAUCAGCAGCAAGAUGAAAUACUAUGGAAUCCAGCAUGAGCUGAGCACUGAAGAUAUAAUUCAGAAGUUGAACUUGGCAGAGGAGAUGCUGAGGGAAAUCCAGCAUCGCAAGCCUUUCACCAAUCAGAGGCUGCUUGCUGAUGAUGAGGCUGAUGCUGCACAAGAGUUACUAAGGCGGGUGGAAGAGUGGGAGCUGAGGUAUAAUGACACCAGAUCUCUGUUUCCAAUCGUAUUGGACCAGCUCAGUGACUAUAACAUGAAGCUGUCAGACUUACAGGAGGCUCUGGACCAGGCUCGUGACUAUGUCAGGCAAACGGAGGAUACAAAUAAGAAAAAUGCUGGCAAACUCCAAGAGAAUGAGAAGCAACAGGAGAAGGUGAAGGAGCAAACUGAUGAUGUGAACAGUAUUCUGCUGAGUGCCAGAGAUACUUUAGUUAAGCCACAGCAAUUCAGCACAGAAUUAAGUGAUGUGAUAAAGAAUGUGUCGGGGUUCUAUGCAGAAAUAGAUGGCGCUAAAAAGGAAUUACAAGAAAAACUAGCCAAUUUGUCUCGAUUUGAUGAUGAUUUGGUGCAGCAGGCUAUGGAGUAUGCACAGGAGCUUCAAAGACUUGCUGACGAGUUGGACCGGAAUUUACACAGUGUUGAUACAAAUGGGUUGGUACAAAAAGCAUUAAAUGCCUCAAAUGUCUAUGAAAAUAUUGCUACUUAUAUUGAGGAAGCUAAUGAAACUGCAUUACUGGCAUUAAACACAACACACAGAGUCAGUGAUGCUGUAGUUGGAAUUGAUUCUCAGAUCAUUUACCAUAAAGAUGAAAGUGAAAGGCUCCUCAAUCAAGCCAAGGAACUACAAGAGACAGCAGAUGCCAGUAAUGAUUUAACAGUUGCAGACACUAGUCGCCGUAUUGCUGGAACAAUUGCCAGAAAGGAUGCUCUGAAAAGCCGCUUGAUGAAAGCCAUGAAACAAAUUCAAUCAGUAGAGAAAGGUGAUAUUAGACAGCAUUUGGACCAAUUUAAACUCAUUACUCAAGAGGCUGUCAAUGCUACCAUGGCAGUAACCCAGACUACUACCCCAAUGGCUAAAAAUCUGAAGAACUGGUCCGAGAACCUUCAGAACUUUGAACAUGAUGCUGUUGCUUAUGACAGUGCUGUGGACUCAGCUGGGGAUGCAGUGAAGAAUCUGACAGAGGUCAUCCCUCAGCUCCUGGAUAAACUGCGUACAGUAGACCAAAAGUUGCCAGCAAACAACAUUUCUGCCAGCAUUCAACGGAUCAGGGAGCUAAUUGCUCAGACUAGGAGUAUAGCAAGCAAGGUCCAAGUCUCUAUGAAGUUUGAAGGCCGAUCAGCUGUAGAAGUUAAUCCAAAGACCAGCCUAGAUGAUUUAAAGGCUUUUACCUCCAUGAGCUUGUAUAUGAAACUUCAGAAAGACCACCCACAGCUGGUAGCAUCUCCAGAUAGAUUUGUUCUGUACCUUGGAAACAAAAAUGCAAAAGAUUAUAUGGGUCUUGCGAUCAAGAAUGACAACCUGGUGUAUAUUUAUAAUCUGGGAGGUCGAGAUGUGGAGAUACCACUGGACUCCAAGCCAAUCAGCUCUUGGCCUGCUUACUUCAGUAUCAUCAAAGUUGAGAGGGUGGGAAAGCAUGGCAAAAUAUUUCUAACUGUGCCGAGCCCUAGCAGCACAGCUGAAGAAAAAUUCAUCAAAAAAGGAGAGGUCCCUGGUGCUGACUCCCUUUUGGAUUUGGAGCCCAAAAAUACCGUCUUCUAUGUUGGAGGAGUGCCUUCAAAUUUUAAGCUCCCUCCCAGUUUGAACCUGCCUGGCUUCGUUGGCUGCCUGGAACUGGCCACCUUGAAUGAUGAUAUAAUCAGUUUAUACAAUUUCAAGCACAUCUACAAUAUGAACACCACCGCAUCGCCACCUUGUGCCAGGAAUAAGCUGGCCUUCACUCAGAGCAGAGCUGUGAGCUAUUUCUUUGAUGGCUCUGGCUAUGGUUUGGUGAGGAACAUUGAGAGAAGAGGAAGAUUCAGCCAGGUGACUCGUUUUGACAUAGAAGUUCGAACACCAAUAGACAACGGGCUUAUUUUCCUGAUGAUUAAUGGAAGUAUGUUCUUCAGUCUCGUGAUGCAGAAUGGGUUCCUGUAUCUGCGCUAUGACUUUGGCUUCAGCACCACCCCCAUGCUUCUUGAAGAUUCGAUGAAGAAGGCUCAAAUAAAUGAUGCAAAAUUCCAUGAGAUUUCUGUUAUAUAUCACAAUUCUAAGAAGAUGAUCUUGGUGGUGGACAGACGACAUAUAAAAAGUGUGGAAAAUGAAAAGAAAGCAAUGCCAUUCACUGAUAUCUACAUAGGAGGUGCUCCUUCCGAGAUCUUGAAGUCCAGCAAUGUUAGCCCACACCUCACAGUAAAUACUGGCUUUAAGGGCUGCAUGAAGGGUUUCCAGUUUCAAAAGAAGGAUUUCAACUUGUUAGAGGAGUCAGGAACCCUGGGAAUCAGUUAUGGCUGUCCAGAAGAGUCACUUAUGUCCCGCAGAGCGUAUUUCAAUGGAGAGAGCUACAUUUCCUCCAGCCAAAAAAUGUCACUCUUUGAUGAGUUUGAAGGCGGCUUCAACUUCCGGACUUUGCAGCCCAAUGGGCUGCUAUUCCAUUAUGCUGAAGGACCAGAUAUGUUCUCCAUCUCUAUGAAUGAUGGUGCUGUGGUUUUAAAUGCUAUGGGAACUGAAGUUCAGUCAAAAGAGACACGCUACAAUGAUGGCAAAACCCAUUUUAUCAUUACCUCUGUCUCGCAGGAAAGAUACGAGCUGAUAGUAGAUGACAAAAAACAUAGCAAAAAGAAUCCAGCUAGAGACAAAACAGAGCAAAAGCCUGCAAGUGCCAAGAAGUUCUACUUUGGUGGCUCUCCCAUUGGUACUCAAUAUGCCAAUUUCACUGGGUGUAUAAGCAACGCCUACUUCAUCAGGUUGGAUCGAGAGGUUGAAGUGGAAGAUUUCCAGCGGUACCCUGAGAAAGUGCAAACUUCUCUUUAUGGAUGCCCUGUUGACUCCCCUCCAGUUGCCCUUCUCCAUAAGAAAGGAAAGAACUCUUCAAAAGCCAAAGGAAGCCAUAAUAAAAAGGUGGGAAGAGAAAAAGAAAGAACUUCAAAGGCAACUGGCCUCAAAAAUUUAGAUCAAGAAAUGAGUGUGCAAAGAGACCCUGGCUGCCAGUUGUCCAAGAACCCCACGGCAAUUGAACAUGCAAACCAGUUUGGAGGAAUAGCAAACAGCCGGCAAGAGUUUGACCACAUACCAAAGAAUUUCAGUGACAGAUCACAGUUCUCCAUUAGUCUGAAAACUCACUCAUCCCAUGGAAUGAUCUUUUAUGCAUCUGAUCAAGAGGAAAACAACUUCAUCACCCUUUUUGUUGCCCAUGGCCGGCUGAUUUUUAUGUUUAAUGUUGGUCAUCAGAAGCUAAGGAUUAAAAGCCAAGAAAAGUACAAUGAUGGGCUUUGGCACAAUGUGAUAUUUGUUCGGGAAAAAGAUACUGGCCGUUUGAUAAUUGAUGGUCUCCGAGUAUUGGAAGAAAGUCUUCCUUCUGUUGAUAAUACAUGGCAAGUCAGUGGACCGCUUUAUAUAGGGGGUGUGGCUCCAGGAAAAGCUGUAAAAAAUAUCCAGAUUAACUCAGUCUACAGUUUUAAUGGUUGUCUCAGCAAUUUACAGCUCAACGGAAGAUCAAUCACUUCUGCUUCUCAGACAUUCAGUGUGACUCCUUGCUUUGAAGGCCCAUCAGAAGCAGGAACAUACUUUUCAUCAGAAGGAGGAUAUGUAAUUCUUGAUGAAUCCUUCAGUUUAGGCCUGAAAUUUGAAGUUGUUUUUGAAAUACGCCCCCGAAGCAGUUCAGGAAUCUUAAUGCAUGGUCACAGUGUGAAUGGGGAGUACCUGAAUAUGCACAUGAAACAAGGACAGGUUAUAGUGAAACUGAAUAAUGGAAUCAGACACUUUUCAACCUCAGUUACACCAAAACAAAGUCUCUGUGAUGGCAUGUGGCACAGAAUUGCAGUUAUUAGAGCCUCUAAUGUGGUGCAGCUCGAUGUGGACUCUGAGGUAAACCAUGUAGUAGGACCUCUAAAUCCAAAAGCAGUUGACCAGAGGGAGCCUGUGUUUGUUGGAGGUGUGCCAGAGUCCCUUCUAACGUCUAGCCUGACCACACGCAAUUCCUUCACUGGCUGCAUUCGUAACUUUGUGAUUGAUGGAAAGCCAGUGAGUUUCAGUAAAGCAGCUCUGGUCAGUGGUGCUGUGAGCAUCAACACAUGUCCAACAGCCUGAUACCGCACAGCAGCAACACUGCAAACUUUUUUACAGCACUGAAGGGAAAAAACAAGCAAAAGAAACCAUGUUCUAUUCCAUUACCGAUGCUGGGGGGAAAUGAAAAUAUAUCACCCAGGGUCUUUAUAUGAUAAAGCAGUUAUGUUUAGGGUCACUCACUUGAAAUUUCUAUGUGUGAAAACAAAAAAUAUGAAGAAUAAACAAAGAGAUGUAAUUUGUACAAUGCUCUUAUUAAACCACAAGAACGAGUUUUACAAUUCUUAUAGUAUCUUUGAAGCAAGCCCUAUUACGCUGUCAAUGAAAAUGCUGAUGGAUUACAGAAUAAAAGCAAAUUAUUUUAAAUAUGUUGCUUUCCAGAGACCUUUAAAUCACUUCAUUCCAUACCAUACAAAUGCCCUAGGUCACCAUCUUUGGUUUAACUUGAAAAGAAUUCCUAAUAUGCAUUAAAGAAUAAAGCUAGAUAAUAAACUUACUGUGCAAACAA